CAAGGCCUCCUCCUCUAAUAGCCUCUGGUAUCCUUCUAUUCACUCCAAUGUCUCUAGCGCGAACAUGCUGCGCGGCUUCACGCCUAAGACUCGCUGUGCAAUCAACCUCUCAUGAGAGGGCCAAGCACAAUCCCGUCGUAUCCACGAGUGACCUUGUCCCCGGCUCUCAACAGAAGCUUGCGGGCGCAGAGUACGAGAAGACCGAAGAGAAAAUGAAGGGCAUCGUCGAGAAGUUCCGGAAAGACGUGGCAGCGAUGGAGAUGCGCGCGAGUGGCAGGGUCACCCCACAAGUGCUCGCGCCAGUGCGUGUCACUGUACCGGAGGACAAGGGUGGUGAUGGGAAGAGCCACCGACUGGAGGAGGUCGCCACGGUCGGCCAUUUUGACGCGAAGCUCCCUGGAGUAAUGCCACAGAGGCUCGACUCGAGGACCCUCAAGAUCCCUAUGCCGAAAGCGACAGUGGAGACACGCACUACCAUGGUCACCGCUGCUCAGCGACAAGCCGAGGAAGUCCGCCAGCUGGUGCGAAAGCAGCAUUCGGCAAGCAUCAAGAAAGGAAACUACAGGAAGCACGCGCCUGAGUUGGACGAGCUUCAAACGCUCACGAAUCAGUACCUUGCCGAUGUCGACAAGAUUCUGUCAGACAUCAAGAAGGGCGCUGGUGGCAAGUGACGAAUAAGUAGGGAUUUUCCGUAGGGACCGAUCCACUCCGGAUGGUUUACGCAUGAUCAAACAGUAUGCCUCGCGGCUACAUUGCUAUCGAAACGCUCUUCAUUUGACCUGUCUUACUGCAUAACGAUCUCAUGUUUAGGGCUGCCGACGCACGAGAGCUCCGUCCACAAGUACUACUGGCAUCCUACCUAUGCCUCCUUUGAAUUUUUCGGAUACGUCGUACGUAGUUCCUCCCAACAGUCUCAGAGACGAGCUUCAAGCAGUCUACGCGUGUCUCUGUGUAUGAGCCCUACGAAUGCAAUAGUUGCCACAAUC